AUGGAUGACGAUUGUCUAACAUUACUUGAAGAUAUUGAUCAUGAACAAAUUAAUGAAGAUGAUGAUGAUCCACUUAUAGCUGAGGUUGAUAUUUAUUUAACACGUAUAUUUGCUGAUCAAUUAUAUUUAUUUCAAUAUCCACUUCGUCCAAAUCAUCUUCAAUUUGAUAAUAAUUCAACAUUUAUUGGUGCUCGUUUAAAACCUAAAAAUAAACUUGUACAACUUGAUUAUGUUCUUAAUACACAAUCAGAUUUUUAUUGUAAAAAUAAUGAAACAAAUAUAAUUGAAAAUUUAAUACCAACACCACCACCACCACCACCAUUAUCAUCAUCAUCAUCAAAUGAAAAAAUUAAUUCAAUCGAUCGUUUAACAUUAUCAUCAACAAAUACAACAUAUGGUGAUAAUUAUAAACGUUUUGCUGUUGGAAUUUUAACAUCAAAUGGUAUACAACUUUCACCAUUAAAUGCAAUAUUUCAAUUACGACCUGAUUUUGAUUCAACAUCAUCAAUACUUAUUCAACAAUCAAUAACAUCUAUUAAUGAUAAUGAUGAUGAUGGUAAUGGUAAUGAAUCAAGUACACAAACAGAUGAUAUAACAACUGAUGAAGAAAUUAAUGAACUUGUAACAAUGAAAUUUUGGAAACCAGAAGGACGUUUACAACGUGAAAAAAAAAUGCGUUCAUAUAAUUAUAUUGAACGUGCUCGAAAUGAAGAACGAUGGAUUGAUUUUGCUUAUUAUUCAUUAAAUGAAUUCGAAUCAAUUGAAUUAAGAAAAAAAUGGACAAUAAUUGAUAAUAAUGAAAAAAGUCUUUUACCUAUUCGUUGGAGAAAAACUAUUUCAAUUCAAGAUUAUUUUCAAUUAUUAUUUUUUGAUAAACAAAUUUUAUUUGAAACUUCAAUUGAAAAAGAAAAACCGUCAAAAAUUGAAUCAACUAUUAUUACUGAACAAAAACCAUUAAUUAUUCCACCAACAAAACCAAAAAAGAAGAAAAAAUCAGAUCUGGAUAAAACAACAAAAAAACUUUCGAGAAAAAGUCGAGCUAAAAAUCGAAAACCUACAGAUUCAGCCAUUGCAACAAAGUCUGAACAACAAACACAAACAACAACAAGUACACCAUUAUCAUCUGUAACAUUACCUAAAACAAUGAUCAAACAAGAUCCUGAAACAAUACAAAGUGAAUUAUUAUUGUUCAUGAAACGACGUUUUGGUUAUCGACCAUAUUUUAAAUUAAGUGAAAUAAAUAUUGCAAUUAAACUUGAAUUAAUCUCAUCUCCACCCGGUCAUCCACUCGCAUCAGGAGUUACAGAAGCAAGUAUACUUCGAGCAGCUGCAGAAAUUGGAGCAAUUUAUGUGAACAAAAAGUGGCCAAAGAAUCUCAAACAAGAACCAGUUUUUAUUAAUGCUCAAAUGGGCGAUAAAUAUGAUAUGCUUCGUCGUUAUGUUGCUGAACUUCUUGAAAAAUGUGAUAGUUUUCAAUUUACUGACUUACGUUCACGUAUUAAACAAGAAAAUCAAACACAACAAUUUCCUGUACAUGAAGUGAAAAAAUUUGUUAAAGAUCAUUGUAUUGCUCGUUCUUCACGUAAAGGUGUACUUUAUUGUGUAAAAGGCACAUUGGUCAAGUAA